UCCGUGGUUCGCCUGAAGAAAGGUUUGUGUUUUCAGUCUUAAACAGAUUUAUUGUAGAGUAUUCGCAAACCUGUGUGAACGGAGGAAUCGUUUAUAUUAUUAUAAUAACACUGCUGGAGGAGCAUGGCGUGUAUUAAAGAGGAGCCUGAAGACCCCGGGGCCGCAGAGACAGACAUGAUGCUGCUGAAAGAGGAACGUGAAGUACUGAAUGAAAUAGAAGAGAAAGUUCAAAAUAAGAAUCAUUUCAAAACUGGAGGGACAUCUUUUACAGACUGGAAAGACUUCCUCACGAGAAACAGCUCAGAAGACACUAACUAGGGGUUAUUUCACCUGUUUUGAGUGUGGAAUGAAUUUCAUUCACCCUGAAAGCCUUAGAAUCCACAUGGGAAUUCACAAUGGAGAAAAUCCUUACACCUGCCAACAUUGUGGACAGAGUUUCAGUGAACAAGAAAGCCUUAGAGUCCAUAUGGGAAUUCACAAAGAAGAGAAUCCUUACACCUGCCAACAGUGUGGAAAGAGUUAUGCUCAAACUGCAAGCCUGAAAGUACACAUGAGAAUUCACACCGGAGAGAGAGCUUUUACCUGCCAAGAGUGUGGAAAGAGUUUCAUUCAAAAAGAAACCCUUAAAAAGCACAUGAUCGUUCACACUGGACAGAAGCCUUUUGCAUGCCAACAAUGUGGAAAGAGUUUCACAACAGACCUAAACCUCAAGUAUCACAUGAACGUUCACACCGGAGAGAAGCCGUUUGAAUGUGAUCAGUGUGGAAAGAGAUUUAUUCGUAAAAUAAGCCUUAAUAAUCACUUGAAGAUUCACUCGGGAGAGAACUGCUUGGUAUGUCAACAGUGUGGAAGACGUUUCACUGACAAAGCACAUCUUAAAAUCCACAUGAGACUUCACACCGGAGAGAAGCCUUACACUUGCGCUCAGUGCGGAGAGAGCUUCACAUAUAAAAAAGCUCUCGACUCCCACAUGAUCAGUCACACUGGGAAGAGCCGUUUUACCUGCAAACUGUGCGGGAAGGUCUUCACAAACAAAGUUGGCCUCAUGUAUCACAUGAACGUUCACACCGGAGAGAAGCCGUUCACCUGCGAUCAGUGUGGAAAGAGUUUCAUUCGUAAAACUAGCCUUAAUAACCACUUGAAGAUUCACUCGGGAGAGAACUGUUUUGUAUGUCAACAGUGUGGAAGAGGUUUCACUGAAAAACAAAGUCUUAAAAACCACAUGAGACUUCACACUGGAGAGAAGCCUUACACUUGCGCUCAGUGCGGAAAGAGUUUCACAUAUAAAACCGCUCUCGACUCCCACAUGAUCAGUCACACUGGAAAGAGCCCUUUCACCUGCAAACUGUGCGGGAAGGCCUUCACAUGCAAAGUCAGCCUCAUGUAUCACAUAAACGUUCACGCCGGAGAGAAGCCGUUCACCUGCGAUCAGUGUGGAAAGAGUUUCACAGGUAAAGGUACCCUUGAGAGACACGUGAGGAUUCACUCGAAAGAGAACUCUUUUAUGUGUCACGAGUGCGGAAUGACUUUCCAUAAAAUGAUUCAUCUUAAGAGGCAUAGGAAAAUUCACUCCCGAGUGAAACUCCUCGAAUGCGACCUGUGCGGAAGGAUUUUCCAAUUCAUUAAAACCUUUAAGAAUCACAUGAGGCAUCACACCAGAGAGAAGCCUUUCCAGUGCCAUCAGUGUGAGAGGAGCUUCGCGUAUCUGCGACGCCUGAAACGCCAUUUGCAAACGCAUUCUGAAACGAAAUUGCAGUGCUCUGAGUGUGGCAAGAGCUUCAGAAAAGGGAGCAAUUUCAAAAACCAUCUGCGCUUUCACUCUGGACAAAGGCCGUUUAAAUGUGAUCAGUGUAAUAAAAGCUUUAUUUUGCCAUCACACGUACAGAUACAUAUGAAAACUCAUGCUUAUGUGAAACCGUAUUUGUGUUCAGUGUGUGGAAAGAGUUUCAAAUGGCCUAGCAAUCUCAAAUGGCACAAGAAAAUACGGAUUUGUGUGAAAUUAAGGCUACGUACACACCACAGGUGAAUGUGGCCCAGAUUAGAUUUUUCUGGUCAAAUGUAGAAAGUUUUUUUGGCCAGGCUGUUGAAGUGACCUUUAGAUGUUGCCCAUAUCAGAUAUCAGGUCAGUGAUUUGGUGAUGUUCAUUAGUUUUAUUUGUAUCCUUCAUGCCAUUAUAUUUUGUCUUGAGGCUUUUUAUUUUCUUUUGUAAUGUACAUGUGAACACAUCUCUUUUGCUAUAGUUUUAAACACUAAGCAACUAAUUUGUAUUGAAUAAAAAAAAAAAAAAUAUGUCUUGCUGUGAAAUGCUGCAAUUAAUAAACAAUUAUAAAUAACAGGACAUAAACUGAAUGCAAUUAUGAACACUGCACUCCAUUAUUUAAUUAACAUUUAUGGAGAGAAUGCACUCAAAAUGCAAGCUUUUUCAAAUAUGGGACUGAAUGUGGCUACAGGUGACAUCUGGAAAGUUUCAUCUUUGUCCAUUUGUGCUCUGUCUCCCCAGAAGUUAUAAGUGAUAAAAAUAAAAAAUAAAAAAAGCGAUUAACUGCGAGCCAGUUGAAAUCGAUUAAUAUAUGUGACGAUUCAAAUCAUUUAAGAUGCUAAACAAAUCGCGAUUCAAUUAGGGCUAGGAGUUUAUAUGAACGUAUGUCUGAGGGGAACUUACUGUCUUUAGAGAAGUUUAGAUGGUAUUUUUUCUUCUCAUCUUGCCUCUGUAUAAUGCAUAUUAAAGUUCAUGAGUGCAGCGCUGCUUUGUUUACAGCGGAAGCCAAGGAAACGCUUAAAGCGCCACCUGCUGGCAGAGAGUGAAUCUGCGUCUCAUUCAGCUCGUCUGCUGUUUCUGUUUCAUACAGAUAUUUUUUUUAUGUAUACAGUAGUUUCACAAAAGUGAAGACAGACCAUUCUGUUUUUGCUUCAAAUUUCAAAAUUAUACAAUCUAAUUUAGAUUAAAAACUGCUCCUGUUGCAUGUAUGCAGCAUCUUUGUUUGGAUCAUGAUUAAAAUGCAGUGGUUGCCUCUAAUUUUAAAUGGAAAGAGCACAGACAAAGCCUUAGUUUAUUUAUUUGAAGAGAUUUCUUUUAUUUGUGUUACUUAGUUGAUUUGGAGCUUGUUUUAAAAUUUCAAUUUAGUGUUGUUAUUUAGCAGAGGCUUUUAUCCAAAGCAACUUACAAAUGAGGAGAAGCAAUCAAAACCAACAAAAGAGCAAUAAUAUGCAAGUGCCAUAUUAGUAUAUUAUUAUAGUGUUAUAUUUCAAUUUCACAAAGAAACGUGCUGCAUUUUGUCCAACCAAUAAUAAAAGGACACCUUUAAUUUAUCAUUUGUCUUGAAUCUCAUUUUGUAAAAAAAAAAAAAAUUGUGAAUCGAAUCAAAUCGUGAGUUGAGUGAAUUGUUACAUCCCUGAAAAAAAAUGUCUUG